AUGGAGGUCGAGAAUCAGCCGAUGAAACGGCUCAUGGAUGCGAUUGCCAUCUACCAGAAGUCUUCAGGGGACGAAGUAGCCUCCCUCUCAGCCCGAAUGGAGGCGAUGAAUAUGACAACACGAGAAUCCGACAACCAAAUUACCCUCGGCGCACGGUUAAUUUACAUCAAGUCCAAGGAAGUCAUGCUUAGCGAUGCCUUUAGAGUGAUAGAUUCAAGCGGAAAUUCUGCAACACUACCACGGCUAAGCCUCGCCAAACCAUCAUCAACCUUGAUUCGAGUUCUGAAGGAUUGCCAAGGCUUGAUAACUCGAGCCAAUGAAGGAAAUUUCUCCCGCAUCGUCAUUACGGCGACCGUCUCGUUCGCCAAAAUCGCCCAGCUGGACGCGUGGUAUCACCGCUCUCAUCCAGGAGAAACAACAAGCGAUCUACAUCUCAAAGAAAAAACGGGUCUAGAAAAGCUCGAAGAUCGCUUUCAAACCACCCGCGAUCUCCUCGCCGCUGCGUUGAAACUAUGCGACGAACUGAGGAACUGUCCUGAGCUCCAACAAAAGGUCCAGGAGAUGGUCCGCCUCUAUGAGGGAACACGAUACGAAAGAGUCACUUUAGAAGAACUUCAAUCAAUCAAGACGGCCAUGGUCAGUGGGCGAGGAGGAAUCGCGACUCACUCUGGGCACUGGUACAAUUGCGUCAACGGACAUCCGGUGAAUAAAUUUCCCAUUCCUCGAAUUGUCCCAAGUUACCUUUGA